CGGCGCUCGAAGCAACAUUUUCCUUCUUUCGAGCGCUUAGUCCUUUGUUUUUAAUUGAGGACUCAGAUUCAAAGAGCUCCAGGCUGUUACUUAAUCAAAAACAAGCACGCCAGAGCGACUUUGAUCUUCAAGCCUUAUUCCGCGCAUUCCUCCGCCACCAAUAUCAUGGACCGCCAGACCAUCAUGGAGACCAACCGGUCUCUUCGAACUAUUAAGAACGAGCUCGAGAGCCUCCUCGAAAAAGGCGUCAUCGACGAAGCCGCUUUCGACACCAUCCACUCCGCUCUGCCAGCCGAAACUCCUCUUCGCGGAGCUGCUCCCGGAGCCGCUCGUUCUGCGAACCAAACUCCUGCUCAGCCGGCAGCAGCUGUGACGCCUCCUGUUCAGGCUCCUGUUCAGGCCUUUCAGAAUCUCCACGUCAACGGAACCUCCCCCGCGCCGCCCUCAUAUGACGAUACUCCCGCUCCCAACGUCCCCACGCGCUCUCCAGCUGGGAAGCCCGUCUUGGCGCAUGCAAGAGCCCUAUACCGCUAUGAUGCCAGUGAUGCUCGUGACCUGAGCCUGGAAAAGGACGAUAAGAUCGAGGUAUACGAGUACAUGAACCAGGACUGGUGGAUGGGCCGCAACCACCGCACUGGCAUGGAGGGCAUCUUCCCCCAGAACUAUGUCUUUGUCGAGCAGGAGCAGAAGGCUCCUAUGCCCGCUCCCGUGGCCUACCCUCCGCAACCGCAAUACGGAUACCCGGUCCAGCAGGGACCUCCGGCGCAGCAAAACCCUUACAAUGCCAGUGUCCCGCCCAUGGCGAUAGCUGAGGGCGGCCAGCCGUCGCAGCAGCAAAACGGAGAAGGCAGCAAGGUUGGCGAGUACGGAAAGAAGUUUGGCAAGAAGCUUGGUAACGCGGCCAUCUUCGGUGCUGGUGCGUCGAUUGGUAGCAACAUCGUCAACAGCAUCUUCUAAGAGCACUUGCGCGGUCUUCUUCUGCCUGCAUUUCUCUGGCUCUGUUUUAUUUUUUUGAACUUUCAAGUAUGGCGUUUUGGCAUGGAUUUGAGGCACUACGUGUCGCUUUCGAAAUGAGUGGAAUUAUUCAUCUUUAACUACAAGGAGAGAAUGUCAACGAGCUGAUCCUUUGAUCUUCGAAGAUAUUAAUUGACAUUGAUAAACAUGAAAAU